AUGGGUUCCAAUGACCGCAGAGCCUCAAACGUAAAGGAAGUCAGCGGGUUUGACUCCUCUAGCAUUGAUUCUUGUGGCCGUAACCCCAAUGCCGGUGGUGAAAAUCUUGAUUCUACCUCGAGUACCCUCAACCAAGGAUCGGGUGGCAUAGAUACGUCCAACAAAAUGGACUCGCGGAGAACCAGUGAUCUUGGCGCCUACUAUGGCACCAACACGGUUGGGACUCACGCCAUGCGGCAGCAGAGCGACAAGUCCGGCCCCAACUACGGCUCGAACGUUGACAGAAACUUCAGUUCUGGCAAACGAAAUUCAAAUGUGGCUAUGAUUCAAGAUCCGGUGGAAUCUGAAAUGAACAAUCCCAUCGGCAACCAGGGCUUCGGGGGCGGUGCUGCCGCGGAUGGUAGUAGUAACCAGGGCAAAUCUAGUUCUGGUAGGAGACGUUCAUCGGGGCCCCAUAACUCAAAUCUUUUGAACAAGCUGGAUCCGCGCGUGCGCAGCUCUGAUUACAAGGAGAAUACUGCCGUUGACCAGCGCAGGAAAUACUAA